CGAGCGUGCCUCCUGCCGGCUGUCCGCGGCGCUUCGCUGCUCGCGGCUCCCCCGCGUUGGGGUUUUGCAACUGGCAGCUGGCUUUUUUUUUUUUUUCUCCCCUCCCGUUUCUGUCUCUCCUUCUUCUUUUAGGUUGCUCCACCCCGCCCAGGAUCAGGCGAGGGGGGAACCAGCUGGGCUGCGGCUGCCAACUCGCGCCGAGCGCGUCUGCGAACUCCCGGAGUGGAGUCCCGCGUGCUGCCUCCCCCCAGCUGGGCGCGUUCUCCCCGCGACCCGGGCCCCGAGGCCUCCACGCGCAACCCUUCCCCACUUUCCCCCGUUUUGCAAUCACAUGGCAUUUUAAGAAUGCCGGAAAGAUGGCGGUAGCGGCGGCGGCGGCGGCUGGGCCGGCCGGUGGGGGCGGCGGCCGGGCGCAGCGGAGCGGGCUGCUGGAAGUUUUGGUGCGGGAUCGCUGGCACAAAGUUCUGGUGAACUUGAGCGAGGACACCCUGGUCCUGAGCUGCGAGGAGGGCGCUGCGGCGUACAACGGCAUCGGAACCACCACCAAUGGCACGUUCUGCAGGGGCACCGGGCACCCAGGCGCGGGCAGCGCGCAGCCCCCGGACUCGCCGGCCGGAGUGCGCACCGCCUUCACAGACCUGCCGGAGCAGGUGCCCGAGUCCAUCUCGAACCAGAAGCGUGGCGUGAAGGUGCUGAAGCAGGAGCUCGGCGGGCUGGGCAUCAGCAUUAAGGGGGGCAAGGAGAACAAGAUGCCCAUCCUCAUCAGCAAGAUCUUCAAGGGGCUGGCGGCGGAUCAGACCCAAGCCCUGUACGUGGGCGACGCCAUCCUGUCGGUGAACGGAGCCGACCUGCGCGACGCCACCCACGACGAGGCGGUGCAGGCGCUGAAGCGCGCUGGCAAGGAGGUGCUGCUGGAAGUGAAGUACAUGCGGGAAGCCACGCCCUACGUGAAGAAAGGCUCCCCGGUGUCCGAGAUCGGGUGGGAAACGCCACCUCCUGAAUCCCCUCGGUUAGGGGGCGGCGUCUCGGAGGCUCUGUCAUCAUCAUCGUCAUCAUCAUCCUCGUCGCAGCCCUUCUCCUUCCACAGAGACCGGAAGAGCAUCCCCCUCAAGAUGUGCUACGUCACGCGGAGCAUGGCGCUGGCCGACCCCGAGAACAGGCAGCUUGAAAUCCACUCUCCAGAUGCUAAGCACACGGUGGUCCUGAGGAGCAAGGACUCCGCCACUGCCCAGGCCUGGUUCAGUGCCAUCCAUUCCAACGUCAGUGACCUGCUCACCCGCGUGAUUGCCGAGGCCAGAGAGCUGCUGGGGAAAACGGGCAUCGCCGGGAGCCGAGAGAUCAGACACCUCGGCUGGCUCGCAGAGAAGGUGCCCGGGGAGAGCGAGAGACAGUGGAAGCCAGCCCUGGUUGUACUGACUGAGAAGGACCUUUUAAUCUACGACAGCAUGCCUCGGCGGAAGGAAGCCUGGUUCAGCCCCGUUCACGUGUACCCUCUCAUUGCCACCAGGCUGGUCCAUUCAGGGCCGGGGAAAGGAUCGCCCCAGGCUGGUGUGGAUCUGUCCUUCGCAACACGGACGGGCACCAGACAGGGGAUUGAAACCCAUCUCUUCAGGGCUGAAAUCAGCAGGGACCUCUCCCACUGGACAAGGAGCAUAGUACAGGGUUGCCACAGCUCAGCUGAACUCAUUGCCGAAGUCACCACAGCUUGCACCUACAAAAACCAGGAGUGCCGCUUGACCAUACAUUAUGACAACGGGUUUUCUGUUACCACCGAACCACAGGAGGGUGCCUUUCCCAAGACCAUCAUUCAGGCUCCGUACGAAAAGUUGAAAAUGUCUUCAGAUGAUGGGAUCAGGAUGCUGUAUUUAGAUUUUGGAGGCAAAGAUGGAGAGAUCCCUCUGGACCUCCAUUCCUGCCCCAAGCCAAUUGUUUUCAUCAUCCAUUCCUUCCUGUCGGCUAAAAUCACAAGACUGGGCUUGGUGGCCUGAACACAGGGGUGACCUGCCCUUUAAGAGGAGGGCUGCGAUGCCCCCGGGAAGUGUGCCAUCAGAUGUCGCAUGCCACAGUCCACUGUCCAUCCCAAGAGUCCUGUGUAACUGUCCCAGAUGCCUCCUGCCGGUUUCACCAACGACAAGGGGGCGGCCUGGGAGAAAGCACCACCGGGAACAUCAGAGUAAAACUAAAUGGGUAAACGGGAGAGGGCGACUGGAAAUACCCAGCAUAGCUUUUGACAAUCAAAGACUCGAACAGUAGAGCAGCAUGUGCAGAUCUCAAUCGUACCAGUUCCUAGACACCUGGUUCACCCGGGGAAGUAAGGGCUGAAUAGCAAGAUGAGAAAUGGACACUUUCACCUCUCUCCUCCCCAGUAACGACCCCUUGUUAUUGCGAUUUAUUUCCUACUUCUGGGUUGACUUUCCCUGGUAAGGAGAGAAAAGUACUUUAAACAGACACCCCCACCUUUUAUUUAAGUAUGAAACAGCUAUUUUUUUUUAAGGAAUUAUCUUUCAGUGAUGUAGAAAGACUCUGAAGUAGUCUCAUUAGCAUAUGCUGAGCAGGAAUUAAAGAAAGCCUCGGAUACUGAUCUGAGCUAUAAGCUGGUGGAAUCGGAGCCAAAGUAGACUGCCUCCAUCGCAAAGCCUCGCCGCAGAGUGGUGUGCCUGAAGGAUGCUUAGCUCUGGGCUGUGCUCACACCAAGGUCUGCUAUGGGGGAGGCAAGACUGAGAGCUUUAUUUAUAGAAAGCAAAGUAUGGGUAUUUUUUUAAAAAGACUGUCAUUUGAUAUAUGCACACAACUCGUGUGGGGUUAACUAAUUAUCCCCAUUUUCUGGUUUUCAGUGGAAGCACCGAGCAAUUUAUUGACCCUUGUUACUGCCUGUGCUUGCAUGCAUGCGUUUUCGAACCAGUAAUAGAGCAGCGUCAUGUAAUCGUGGGUGAUACUGGGUUUUAGAUAUAGACCCAGCAUUAUAAUCAAAUCUACUGACAGCAUCCACAGUCUUUCAGAAUUCCAGGGAAAGAAUAUAGUGACCUGAUAUUUUUCUACAAGAAUAUUUUCAGACACCACAUAGCAUAUUAGUGAUUUAAUGCUUUUAUCUUUCAAAACAAAUUCAUUAAAAAUACACCUACUAUUUGAUUUAGGAGUCACUUUCCACAAACCUUGAACAUUAGCUCUAGAAUUUCAUAAGCAUUUGUAACCCUUCUUUUCCCGUCCAGUUUACAAUAGACAAAUAUUCGGGGUUAGACUUAUGUGUUUUUUCAGAAUCGUGUUUUGGCAAAUAGCUAUGCAAAGAGCUUUACAAAGUGGAAACUGUGCUAAAGGAAUGUGAUUUUGCUCACACAGACGUAAGUGUUUAUUGAGCUGCAAAGUUUUAUUUUAGAUCCAUGUUUCCCAAAGUAUGUAUCAUGUAACACUAGUCCCAACGGGCACUGAGUGGUGUUUUGUGCAGAUGGAAAUAAGAGGCUGGAAAUCAAAAAUGUUUGUUAAAUACCAAGUUAGGAAAAGUUAAACCCAGUUCGCAAUUGCAGGCCUCCUUGGAGACUUGAAUGUACCUUGUGAUUCUCCGAGGGGGGGAGGUCCACGUGCCAUUCCCUACGUUUACCUGCGAAACAACUUUCUAACAGCAGGUCUUGUGAAGCUAGUGUUAAAAAAAAAA